UUUUAGAUUUCGACAUUUAAGYGGKGAAAGRUUCAACAGAAUGUCCCUCAUGCAAUUUCUCCAUGAAACGGAACACACCAUGAAUAUAGACCCAGAUACUUUACAAAAUGUUAUGGACAAUCCUCAAUCGAUUUUGUUUAUCUUUGAUGGCUUAGAUGAAUAUAAGCAUCGUGAAAACCUUAUUAAAGACCAGUCAGAAUUCAACAGUUUGAAUGGAUUGAAAGAUGAAAUGCCCGUAACUUCUAUUUAUGCAAAACUUUUACAGAAGAAACUACUACCUGGGGCCACAAUUCUGACAACUUCAAGGCCAAAUGCUGUAGGCACUCUGAGAAUCUUAAAUGUACAAUUUGACAGAGUUGCUGAAAUUUUGGGUUUUACUCCAGAAAAAGUCAAGUCAUACAUUGACAAGUUUUGUAAAGAUAAUGCAACCACAGCAAGCAAGAUUUGGCUGCACAUAAAAAGCAAUUUCAACCUAUUGUAUCUGUGUUACAUUCCAGUAAAUUGCUGGAUAGUCUGUUCCUUGUUAUAUGAUUUCAUCGAAAAACAUAGUAGUAGUUUGGAUAGCUUAGUGCUACCCACCACUCUAACUGACAUUUACAAAGGAGCAUUGCGGCUGUUUUUGUUCAAGCACAGUCCAGAAUAUCAACAACAAAUGUCUAUCAGUGACUAUACUAACGAUACAUUUUCAACCACAAUUGAGGAAGUACUCUCCAAACUAGGAAAGCUCGCAAUAAAAGGAAUGGAAAAUGAACAACUGGUUUUUGAAGAAGUAGAGGUUCAAGGAUUGGAAAACUGUGGUUUACUCAACUGCAUGCCCAGUAAAACAAAUCCUGCAUUAGGAUUUGCUAGGGCAUCGCAGUAUUGUUUUAUUCAUUUGACUCUUCAAGAGUUUCUUGCUGCCAGAGAAAUUGCAAAGACAUAUGACCUCAAUGAAGUUGUUCAGUUUAUCAAUGAUAAAGCAACCAAUGCUAAAUGGCAUCUUGUAAUACAAUUUGUAGCAGGACUAUUGAUAAAACACACUUUUGAAGCUUCAAUGUGCUUUGAGGACAUGCUUUGCCACUCAUUAAUUCAAGGAAAUAAUAAGUUACUUUUACUUAUUCUCAAAUGCUUUUACGAGCUGAGCAAUGAAGAAGCUGCUGAGAGAGCUGCGAGAAAACUGGAAUCUUGUAAGGAAUUCAGUGGUUCCAUAACUUUCUUUGACGUUGCAAUUCCCGAUUGUACAGCUAUUGUUUUUGUUUUAAGGCACUGCAUGACUCGACUGGUCUCACUUUCAAUUUGUGACAGUUUGAAUUUUGGUGAUUAUGGUUGCUCAGAACUUCUGAAGAUUUUCGUCUGUAAAGUAAGUGAUAGCCACAAACAUGAAAGCUCUCAUCUUACAGUGUUGAACUUGUUAUAUAAUAAUAUAACUGAUCAAGGUGUAUUACACCUGAGUGAUUCACUCAAAAGUGAAAACUGUCAUCUCACACAGUUGAGCUUGCUGAGUAAUAAAAUAACUGAUCAAGGUGUAUUACACCUGAGUGAUGCACUCAAAAGUGAAAACUGUCAUCUCACCCAGUUGAACUUGUCCACGAAUCAAAUAACUGAUCAAGGCGUAUUACACCUGAGUGAUGCACUCAAAAGUGAAAACUGUCAUCUCACCCAGUUGAACUUGUCCACGAAUCAAAUAACUGAUCAAGGUGUAUUACACCUGAGUGAUACACUCAAAAGUGAAAACUGUCAUCUCAACCAGUUAAAAUUGUACUCUUAUGGGAUAACUGAUCAAGGUUGAUUACACCUGAGACCGCUUUUCGAACAAAAUAUGGACGUUGAAUGAAAUAUUUGUUGCAUAGCCUAGUGUGACUAGGGUGUUUACCAUUUACACAAAGUUUCCGGAAAUUUCCGGAUCAAUGAUCACAAGUUUCGGGUCAGUGACGUAUAAGACCUUUCCAAAUAUGGCUUGCAAUCGGAUUAGGGUUUUAUAAUAAUUGGCGCAUUUUCAUGCAGCUCAAAAGACGUGAAUAAAACGAAAUGGAGGUUAACUUUAGGAUGACAAGAACAAGUUGCUAGCACAAAACAUCGCCCAAACAGGCAAAAUACCCACAGCUAAUAGGUUUGGAAAAGCACCAAUACCUGGAAAAACAAGUCCUAAUUUUUCUCUGGUUUCUGGCCAACAACGAAACUUUUCCGUCACUACUUGAUUUCAAAUGAACACUCCAUUUCCGAAAACAAAGACCCUUGCAGUAAAUAAAAGGAAGCACGAGAAAAUGUCGUUAUUACAAUAAUCUUGGAAAUCUGCAUUUUCGCCGAAUUGAGACUAACUCUGUAUUAACACGAGCUGAGGUUUAAGCCUUCUGGGAAUACAGUGUUAGCCUCAACUUGGUGAAAUGGUUUUGGAAUGUUAUGUUGAAUAUCCUUGCAAAGAAUUUAAAAAUAUGUGUAAUGACUUUGUUGUCUUUCUGUUAAUACAACGUUAAUGGAAUAUAAGCAAAAUCAAAUAAUAAAAAAAUGAAUAAUUAAAUAAAAAAAUAGAUAAAUAAGUAAACAGAUAAAUUAAUUAAUUAAUUAAUCUAUUAAUUAAUUAAUUUAUCUCUUAAUUAAUUACUUUAUAGAUGAAUAAAUGUUUUAGGUCCAGAUACUUGGAAUCAGUGUGGCUACUGUUAUCAGAUUAGUUGCGGAUCCAGGGGGGGUUCCAUAGGUUAUAAUAAAAUAAUAAUAAAAUAAAUGACAAAUAAAUAAAUAAAAAACUUGUACUAUUUAGGAAUUAAUAUUAAAGUACAAAAGAAAGUGUUCGGC